AUGGAUUUAUUAUUCAGUCAGGUUUUUAAAAAUAUUUAUUUAAAGAAAAAAAUCUAUUCAUAUAUUUCAGAGUAUAAUAAAGAACAAAGAUUAAUCAGAUACAGCUAUUAUGAUUUCCCAUUAGAACUUGUUUUAAAAACAAAGAAUCAACCAUUAUUAAUUGAAAAAUUAAAUAAUUAUAUUAAAUAUUUUAUAAAUAAUAAUAAUAAUAAUAAUAAUAAUAAUAAUAAUAAUAAUAAUAAUAAUAAUAAUAGUAAUAAUAAAAAUAAUAAAUAUUCAGAAAUAUCAAUAUUAAAUAGUAAACAUUUUUUAACAUUUAAUGAACAAUGUUUAAAACUAUUAUAUAAAUGGAGUGAAUUAUCAUUAGAAUUAUUUGAACUUAUUUUUCAAACAUUUAAAAAAGAAAUUGAAAAAAUAAUUGGAAAAAUUAAAAUAAAUAAAUAUGGAAAAGAAAAAAUACUAUACCAUAGUUAUCUAAUCAUUAAUGGAGAUUUAGAUAAACUCAAAUAUAUAAUAAAUAAUCAAUUACUCGAAACUGAGUCAAUCAAUAUCAAUUCAGUUUUUAGUUUAAUACAUUCAAGAAAAUUAAAAAGAAAAAGAAAAAUGAUUUAUAGAAUCCAAGUGAAUCAUGAUCAUCAUGAUGAAGAAAUAAAAUUAAAAGAAAUAUUUCAAUAUUUAAUAAACGAAUCUAAAAUUGAUUUAUCAUUUACUCAAUUAACAACAUAUUUAUGUGAAAUUAUGAUUAAAGAUCAAUCGAAAAUUUUUGGAAAACAAAUUAUAGAUUUAUUCCCAAAAGAAUUACCAAUUAUACAUAAUCAAUUAACCAAUGUAUUUCAAAUAAUUUCUAAAUACAAAGACCAAUAUAUAUUUAAAUUAUUAUUAGAAAAAUAUAAAUAUACACCACCACCAACACCACCAACACCACCAACACCAACACCAACACCAACACCAACACCAACACCAACACCAACACUAACACUAACAACACUUGCGCCACCAACAACACCAACACCACCACCACCCCCACCACCAACACCAACACUAACAACACUUGCACCAACAACACCUGCACCACCAUCAUCAUCAACAAAAACAACAACAACAACAACACUUGCACCACCAACAGCAACACCAACACUAACACCAACAACUGAAUCAGAAAUUUUUACAUUGUUAGGUAUUAGAAUAAGUAAAUCAACUUUAGAAGCAAUGAAUUUUCCACUUGAAUUUAUUUUAAACAAUUUUGAUUUAGAAAUUGUAAAGGUACUUUGUGAAGCAUUAAAAUCAAGUUUAUUCAAUGAAACAACAGAUAGAUUUUAUAGAAAUUCAACUAUUCAAAUAAUAUAUGACCCUAAAAUUGCAUUGUUUUUAAGUGAUAAUUAUUUUUUAUUAUUAAAAAAAAAGAAAAACGAAAUUAAAAUCUCAUGUCUAUGUGAUUUACAUUUAAGAAUCAAUAAUAAAAGGGAACAGGUUAAAUUUGAAACUUUUCAAUAUAUUGCAAAUUGUUAUUUUGAUUUUAUCAAUAAAGAAAUGAUAGAGUCUGAACAAUUUUUAGUACAACAGCAUAAUAAUAAUAAUAAUAAUAAUUAUAAUGAAUAUUCAAUUUUAGCACAACUUCAUAAUAAAUAUUCAUUUUUAACAUCAUUAGUUGAUAUUAUAAUAAAGGAAGAAAAUGUUGAAGUAUUGAUUGCUUAUUUUAAUAUUUUUCCAAAUUAUUACAAUUUCGAUCAAGUUAAUAGUGCAUUUUAUAGUGGAAAUAAACAAUUAUUUAAUUGUUUUAUAGAAAAUAUAUUUAAUUGUAAUUUUCCAAAAAAUCAUAAUAUGAAUUCAAUUAUUUCAUUUUUGGCUUCAUGUGUUGAUUAUGGUUCUUUUGAACUUUUUAAUUUUAUUUCAUUAGCAAUAAAGAAUAAUGAAAAGAUUACUUUAAAAGAUUUUAUAUAUAAUCACCAAUUUAUUAAAUGUUUAAAAAGUGCUAAAAAUAAUAAUAUCUCAAGAAAAUGGUUUUUCAAUUCACAUUUAAAAUCAUUUUAUUUUGAUGCAUUAUCACACACUGUCUUUCAAAUUUUAAAUGAAAAAGUUGAUUAUAAAAUUAUUAAUAAAACUUUAAAAUCAGAUUCAAAGUUUAUCAUUAGAGAAUUAACAUCAAAUCAAAUUAUGUAUGAAAAUAUUAAUAAUAAUAAUCAUAAAAAUAAUAAUAAUAAUAAUAAUAAUAAUAAUAAUAAUAAUAAUAAUAAUAAUAAUAAUAAUAAUAAUAAUAAUAAUAAUAAUAAUAAUAAUAAAAAUAAAAAUAAUAAUAAUAAUAAUAAUAAUAAUAAUAAUAACAAUGAAAAUAAAAAGGAUUUGAAAAAUAUUCCUUUAAAUAUCAUUCGUUUUGCUGUUAUUAAUGGUAUUGUUUUAGAUUCAGAUAAUCAAUUCAAAUCAUUUGGUUUCGAUGAUGAAAAUUUGGUAAAAUCAUUUUAUGAAAAUAGUAUUAAUGAAAUAUUAUGUUGUAGACCAUUUUUGGAUAAAAAUAAUGGUAAAGGAUUUGUAUUUCAUAAAAUUUUAAUUAAAAUGUUUUUUAAUGGAUAUAUGUCAUUUAAAAAUGUAGAUAAUUGUUUAUUAAGAACAAUAUCAUCAACAAAUAAAUUUCCAGAAAUCAAUGCAUUAUUUUCUUUUUCAAUGAUACAUAAUGCUAGUUAUAACAAUAUUACUAUUUUUAAUAAAAAUUUUAAUAAAUUAAAAUUUUAA